GUCAAAGCUGAUCUGACCAAAGAAUUACCAGAGAAGAUUGAAUACAUGAUUCAAGGGGAGAGGAUAACAGUGGAGUACACUUACCCUUGGCUUCCGCCUCGUUGUGUUUCUUGUGGAAGAUGGGGGCAUUAUGAGACGUUCUGUAAAGAGAAGAGAAAAGAGAAAGAGGUAGAGAAGAUGACAACAAUAAUAGAGGGAGAUCAGAGUAAAGUAGUAGAAGGAGAUAACAGUGUUGCUGAAGAAGGAAGAAAAAAUACUGAGCAAGAAAUACAGAUGAUGGAAGUAAAUAAUACAAAAAAGAGAAGUGAAAGAGAUAUGGAAAUAAAAAGCACAGAAGAGAAGGAAGAUGAAGUGGUGCUGGAGGAAGGGGAAAUAAGUGAGUGGGAAACAGUCUUGGGUGACAAGAGAGUAAGAAGUCCUACAGUAACAACUUUGAAGUAUGGACAAGUGAGUAUUGCUACCCCAUCAAGAUUUGAUGCGUUGAGGAAUACUGAUGAAAAAGGCGAAAAGAUGGAAGUGGAGCAAAUAGAAGAGGUAGAGGAGAUGAGAAAUGAAGAAGCAUAAGACAUAUUGCAGAGUAUGGUGGAAGAGAGUAUCGAAACAAACAAGAAAGGCAGAGCGAGGCAG